AUGGAACGAUGUGGACCUUCGAAGCCGUCAUUAGCUGCAGUUUCGCACCCAACUCUGUUCAUGCAAUCGACCAUUUCAAAAGAUGAUACACUCGGUGCAGCGGUGAAAGAACAGAUACUUCUACGGUCCAUUCCACCCGCCGGGCUUCCCCCUCCAAUGCCAGUUUUCAGAGGCCCACCUUCUAUCAGACCACCGAUACCUCCACCAGGAAUAGAUUUCAGAGGCCCUCCACCUCCUAUCAGACCACCGAAAUCCCCAUCAGGAAAAGAUGAUGAAUCAUGGGGUUUGGAACCACAGAAGAAAGUGGCUCGACAAGAUCGAGAGCAAUUUCAUCUAUCACAGGCAGUAAAAGACAGCCUUGACACUCAAAACGAAGCUGAGCAUUCUACCCAUGGAUCUGGCGAUUGGCGAAAGUCGUUGCAGGCUCAGAGGAAAGAUGGGCCGUUCGUCACCGAUGGUACUGGUCAAGCCCAGCUUCAAGGUCGAGUCGCACCAUCUUGGACGGAUGAACGAGCCACAACACUGGCAGGGAGGCCAAACAUAACUUUUGCAUUGAGCUCGCUCGCCGAUGAGUACUUGAACAUCGAUAUUCUGGACGAGGACCGAACUUCAUCACAGUACAUGGCGUUCUUGCUUGACGUUAUCCACAAUCUGCAAGCAAGGUUAGAGUUUCAAAAGAGAAACAUGAAGCCUCUACCACCUCAAAAAGAAGAACAAACCGAGACCAUAGCCUUGGACAAGGGACCACGGUUCCUUGUGUUGCAUCGGGUUUUUUGUGGAACAUCACAUCACGAUCAUGACGCCACGGUGUACGAGGAUGUGCCCACACUAAUGGACCAGGAUAGUGGUGCGCCGCUGGGAGAAGAAAUGCUUUGUGGGAAAGUGAUAAUUAGAGAUGUGGAGGCCUAUUUAAGGAAGCAGAAGAAUGUACACUUUGUCGUCUACAAAGAGUACCGUUGUGGGCAUGGGUCAAGUUGGGGAGCGAGGCAGCGUCGUCACACUGACCAGCUCUUGACGGACCCAUUUAAGAUGACGCGAUCUGACAUCUCACCACGACAGGAGAGAAUGAAGAUCGUGUCCCCAACGCUUCAGCGAGCGCUCAAUGGAGUCGCCACUUGUAAGUUGGAUCAGAUCACCUUUGAUGACCCCUGUGAGGAUAGUGAAGAGUUGCAAGCACCCUAUAUGUUUCUCUUCCAUCAUCGUCGACAGCUCCAGGAAGUCGUCCAAGAAAACCAAGUACAUGGUCCAUCAGUCAAGCUGCUAUUAGAAUACCUGAACGCCAAUUUCGGGCAGGAGUACAUCGACGCAGAGGCCAUGAUUGCUAGAGGAUUAGUGGCGGAAAACAACAUUGACAAACUUUUCAAACCGAAUCAGAUCGUCGUUACUCAAGAAAAAGGUAUAUACAAUGCCUACAUGCUUGACGAGUGGCCUGUCAAGAAGUCAAAUCAACUUAUUUUCUCUGGGUGGCAGUGGAGCUACAAUGGUCGGAACCUGGAACGCAAUGUAUGGCGCCACAUAUUGGACCUCAACUUUCUCGACGAGAAACAGAUCAAAAAAUUGAAUGUACAGCCUAUUGAACACGUUGAAGAGGAUGUCAUCAUCAGAUUGCGCGAGCGUGGGAACCAGUUCUGGUCUAUGAAAAGACAACGCCUCGUGUCUUACGAUGGCUGGGACCACCAUCACAGUUAUUUCUACUCUAGAGAGCGUUUCAUGGUUGAUAUGGCGACAUAUGCCAAAAUUCACGGGAGCCAACACAGGCCCAAGAUUGGAGGGCCUGACCAGUUCGAUAGCAUGCCAGACAUGAUCUCGCAAGAUGACAACCUCACAGAUGAUCAGUCUCUUCUUUUGCCUCCGACUAUGCAUGGAUACAGUCUCAGGGAAAAGAAGUGGGUCUCCAUCAAUAUUGAUCAAACGAGCGAGGUCGUUUGGAAUAAGCAGGCCUUCAAAAGAUUGGUGUUGGAUAGCGAAACCAAGGACUUGAUCAGUGCACUUAUCGACGUGCGGAUGUCUGACUCGAAAAAGAUGGACGACCUGGUUGUUGGUAAAGGAAACGGGUUGAUAAUGCUCCUCCAUGGAAGCCCAGGAACUGGCAAGACUUUGACAGCUGAAAGUGUGGCUGAAUUCGCGGAAAAGCCGUUGUACCGUGUCACCUGCGGAGAUAUGGGAACCGUGGCCACAACCGUGGAAAAGUACCUUGAGACUGUUCUCUACCUGGCCAAGAUUUGGGAUUGCGUUUUACUCCUAGAUGAAGCAGAUGUAUUCCUAGAGGAGAGAUCUGUCUCAGAUCUUCAGCGAAACAGUUUAGUUUCCGUAUUCCUCCGCGUACUUGAGUACUACGAGGGGAUCAUGAUUCUGACAUCCAAUCGCGUUGGUACUUUCGACGAAGCGUUUCAGUCUAGAAUACGCGUAGCGCUCAGAUACGAACCCCUCACGUUCAAGAGCCGCAAGGCCAUUUGGCGAAACUUUUUCGACAUGCUUGAUGAUGAUGACGACGACAUAAAAGUGAAUAUCAGAGGGCUCGAUGACCGUUUGGAAGAACUCGCGGCUUACAAAAUGAAUGGGAGACAGAUCCGGAACGUUGUACUGACAGCCCGACAGCUGGCCCUGCAUCGGCAAGAAAGCUUGGAGUGGAAGCACUUGAGCCAGGUCCUGAUCUUGUCGGAUAAUUUCAGCAAAUACCUCAAAGAUAUUAGAGGAGUCAGUGAUGAGACUUGGGCGAAGAGCCAAUCGCUACGGUGA